CCUCUUCUCCCUAAAGUUGCAAUAUUCCACCAUUUCUUUCAAAACCAUGGAGAUACCAGAAAAACUGGUAAAGCUGAAGUACCCCAUAAUCUUAGCACUCACUCUUUCACUUACCCUUUCAGUCCUCAUCCUUUUCGCACCUUCUUUCCUCACCAUUUUAACAUACUUUUGGCCUCUUUUGCUCUCCACCGCCCUCUUCCUUUUUGCCGUCAUCUUCUUUGGGAAAACCUCCGCUCAUACCGCCGCGUCCGAUUCCGAUCCGGCGGAUAAGGCAGGUGAAGUCCUCCUUGACUACGUUGCCGGUCAACCAACUCAACUCACUGUCGACACUUAUAAGCCUGAGUAGCAGAAGUUUCGACUCUUUACGGUGUAAUCUCUAACUCUCUUUGCUUUGUAACUUCUCCCGUUUCCUUUGCUUUUCUCUUUUCUACUAACUGUUAAUUUUGGGAGGACAGUAAUAGUGAAUGAAUGAAUUAC